GCCCCCGCUAGAACUUAAACUAGUUCCCGGGUUUGGGAGUUGGGACACUCACACACAAAUACAGGAGUACAGAUUUGACGUCCGACACGACACCUUUUUGUCACAAUGUCAUACAUAUGCACGGAGAUACCGAUACUCUCUCUCUCUCUCUAUCUUUUUUCCCUUACCUUUUGACCUUCCCACCACGCCCAUCCUUUGUAUCUCCAGUCACGCGCCUACUUUAUCUUCCCUACUCCAGUACUCACAGUCGCACAUCCUCCAUUGAUUCCAGUACUACCCACACUCUCUUUGUGUAUAGAUCUGUGUCUCUGAUGGAGUUCAAGUUUAGAGCUGUUGAUGACCGACCACCACCACCACCACCACCACCGCAUCGCACUGCUCCUUCCACCUCCAACUACGUCUCCAAACAAGCUUUGAGAGCAAAUCCUAUAUCAGUAUCAGCUGGAUUUUCAGCCACCAGUCCAAGACCAAACUUGGAGCAAAUUCAAAACCCUAAUGACACCCGGGAAGCAAUAGUACAGCGUGAGCUGGAGAAGGCGCGGAUUAGAGAGGAAAUAAUUGCAGCCGAGAUAACUCGUCGUAGACUGCUCGAAGUGGAGGUGAGGAGGGAGCUGAUGAUAGAGCGAGAGAUGGCAUUGCAGAGGCUCUCAGCUGAGGGCAGGAUUUCGUUCGAGUAUGGACUGUCAAUGCACACAUUUGAUGGUGGCUUUGCAUUUCCCAGUUGUUUCCGUGCAUUCGAUAUGUUUCCAAUGCUGCCACAGCCGAGGUUACCGGAAGCUAUGCCAGUCGAUGUCAGGCCCCCAUCGGAGACCAACAAGGAUAAGUUGAUUGUACUGGCUAAGCCCACUCCAAAUAUUUCUGGAGCAAAGCGGAAAGCUGAAACCGCAUCUGCAGGGGGCACUAGUGAGCUCCCACCAUUUGGUAUAAAGAAGAGACCCAAGGAGGAGUGGAGUUGUGCUAUCUGUCAGUUUAGUGCCUUAAGUGAGAGAGCUUUGAAUGAACACCUUCAAGGUAGAAAGCACAAGGCCAAGGAAGCAGGGCUUAGAGCUCAGAGAACAGGCAGGAGUACCAGCUCUACACCAUCGACAAAAAAAACUACAAUGCCUUCAAAGCAAAAUCCAAACAACAUCCAAGAAGCAACAAUGCAGCCACGAGAGCUAGAUAUGUUUCCGGAAUUAGUGGCAUCUAAUGUUAAGCCUCACUCGGAUGUUACUAAGAGUAAGAUGGUACAAUUUAAUCAGCAUUUGACAAAUAAUCCGGAGACCAGAAACCGAUGGUUGUCUAGAAGAAAAAAAGAAGGACCUCAACAAAAAUCUGACUUAUUAUGGUCAGCUAGAAGUGAAAAUCUCUCUGAAAACGAACGUAUCUUGAAAACAGCAGCAGAUAGGAUACUGAACAAGCAUACCCCAGCUAAGUUUGAUCGGCUACAGGAUCACCCAGUUUACAGUGGAAUUAAUUCAGCUGAAACCUUAGUGGGGACUGUCACACUGAUAUAUAACAAGGCUGUGACAGAACCUGCAUAUUGUCCCAUGUACGCUCUCCUGUGUUCUGAUCUUAAUCAAAAGCUCCCGAGUUUCCCAUCUGAUGAACCUGAUGGUAGAAACAUAACUGUCACGCGAGUCCUAUUGAAUAAAUGCCAGGAGACAUUUGAGGGUGUUGAUGAACUGACAAAAGAAAUACGGCGUAUGACUGCUCCAGAGCAAACAAUGGGCCGUAGGGUUAGAGAAAGAAUGCUCAAGCGUCGUUUUCUUGGAAACAUUCAGUUAAUUGGAGAGCUCAUGAAGCAGAGGAUAAUGUUUGAAAGGAUUGUUCAUCAUGUUGUUCAGGAUCUUCUUGGACCAGCUGAUAGCAAGUUUCAACCCAAUGAAGAAAAUGUUGAAGCCUUAUGCCAGUUAUUAAUCACUGUUGGUAAGCAGUUUGAUGAGAGCCCAACAUCACGCUGUAAAAAUGAUGUGUACUUUAGGCAGUUGAAUGAUAUGAGCACCAGCAUGCAACUGGCCCCACUACUGAGGUUCAUGAUUCGUGAUCUGCUCGAUUUGAGAGCAAACAAUUGGGUUGCCAGGCCUGAAGAGGUAAAAGCCAAAAAUAUCCCUGAAAAAUACUCAGAAUCACAGAAUCUAGGGGAUAGCAGCCCAGGUGGCUUCCUCCCCAUGACCAAAACAACUGCAAGGUUGAAUAAUCUUCAGAGAAAAACAGUCUAUCUUGUUGAGGAAUAUUUCACUGUCAGGCUUUUGGACGAAGCGCUAAAGUGUGUGAAGGAACUAAAUUAUCCAGCUUACCACCCUGAGGUUGUCAAGGAAGCUAUUUCCCUUGGACUAGAGAAAAGUCCACCAUGUGCUGAACCAGUUGCGAAGCUUCUUGAGUAUCUGUUUGCUGAGAAAGUUCUUGCAGAUGGAGACAUAGAGCUUGGAUGUUUACUUUAUGGCUCAAUGUUGGAUGAUGUUAGUCUUGAUGUACCCAAAGCACCAAAUGGUUUUGGUGAAAUUAUUGGGAAACUAGUUUUGGCUGGGGUCUUGGAUUUUACAGUGGUGAAUAAGGUGGUUAUGAAGGUGGAAGAUGAGCGGUUGCAAAAAACUAUAUCUGGUGCAGCAGUGCGGCUUGCUAAUUCCACUCCUGGACAGAGUGUUUUGGAAUCACAAGCAUCUGAUGAUGAGUGAUAUUUUAGUAGAAUGUUAAGGGUCAUUUGGAAAUAUUGUUCUAAUAACGUUGUUUGUAUUUUUUUGAAAUUUGUGUGGGUGAAAAAGUGUAUGGAAAUGUGUGUAAUAUAAUGUUGUUUAAAUACUGAAAACGUGUUGUAAAACCACUCUACCAAAUAGGGCCUAAAUGACUCAAGAUGUUAUACCAAGCUUAGCUUGGUAUAAAACUUUAGAUUAUAUAGACUUAAGAUGGAACUGUGUAAACUAUAAGUUUAUAAUAGGUUGAUAAAAUAUCAACUUAUUAAUUGUUA